CGGAUUCCUCCCCUGUUUCCGAGACACGAUGAGUGAGAAAUUGUAAUCCGUACAUAACUACAUACUUAAGGCAACACACGGGACCCCAGGAAGCUGCACUGCCGAUUCCGGCCCAACACCUCUUGAUUAAGAGUCAAUCAAAUUGCUGGUCAACACCGCGCAUCUCACUCGCCAAAUUCCCGUCACCGACAAACGCUCUCGAGGCUUGGACAGAUAAGAAAUGGCGUACAACGAAAUGUUCCAAUACUCUAUCAUUUCUGCUCUCAUGGACGGUGUCGCCUCGCAUGGCCCGCCCGUCGCGCGCAUUCUCGAACAUGGCGACCACGGGUUGGGAACUUUUCAAAACAUGAACGGCGAGAUGAUAGUGCUCGACGGCCAGGUCUAUCAAAUGAAAGCAGACGGAUCAGUGGUGCACAUCAAGCCCACAGACACGAUUACGCCGUUUGCGACGGUGACGCGUUUCAAGCCCACGGAGCAAAGAAGGGCCACCGUGGUCGGCAAGGCGGGACUUGAAGCGUUGUUGACGGGGUUGUUUCCGAAUGCCAAAAACCACUUCUUGGCGGUGCGGAUGGAUGGCGUGUUUCGGAAAGUGAAUGUAAGAACUGCCGGUGGACAGACCAAGCCACGCGAGGGCAUGGUGGAUGUCUGCGCUCGCCAAACCGUACACACGUUUGCCGGCGUAAAGGGAACGAUCGUUGGGUUCAGAUGUCCGCAAUAUGUGAUGGGCAUCAACGUGGCUGGGGAUCAUUUUCAUUUCAUCGCCGAGGACAGGCAACGGGGAGGGCAUAUCCUAGAGUUUGAGACCGAAGGGGAUGUGGACAUCACGGCAGCGCAGAUGUCCAAUUUCCACUUGGAGCUGCCGACCGAGGAUGACGAGUUCAACGAUGCCGAGCUGAAGUUGCAAGCCCAAGGCAUCAAGGCUGUGGAGGGAUGAAGUCAGCUGCGCAUGAACAUACGUGUACAUAAUUACACGCACCAACUUGGAACUCGUUAAAAAACGAGGCUACGCUACUCGUGUCAUUCGUUGACUGGAUUACCACCUGCCCACAUGCCUUUUCCCCGUUUUCGUAGCCCAAGAGAACUAAG